AUGGAUUCCUUGAGACAAAUCCUGCCGACAGGACUGAGUAGCAUGAUGGACAACAUUAUGACGAAUGUCACUUUAACCUCUGUCAUCCUCUUCUUCCUAGUGGCACUCGUAAUACAUAGGUUCCUCACCAGGCCUAAGUACCCACCAGGCCCCGCGGCUCUUCCAAUUAUUGGUCACUAUAAACUCUUAGUAGACCCGAAAAUACACGAGGCUUGUGCAAAGCUUUCUGAUAAGUACGGACCGGUAGUCACAGUACAGUUUGGUCCUUCAAAAGUCGUCAUUCUGAACACUAUAGAAACUGUGUUGGAGGCUCUGGUCAAAAGACGUGCAGACUUCGCUGGAAGACCUCCAGUCCCGUCGGGAAUGGCGCUGAGUGAAGGUGGAAAAGAUAUAUUAAUGGCCCAGUAUACACCAACAUGGAAACUCCAUCGCAAAAUAGCAGGAUCAGCCAUUCAAAAUUACCUAAAAGGACCUCGACUCCAGACGGUAUUAGAGAAGGCUAUGGGACAGUUUCUAAAGCUGGUGGAAGGGACAAAUGGGAAACCUUUCACACCUCAUGAGUUUAUAGGCUUAUCCAUCUACAAUAUAAUGUGCGGAUUUUGCUUCCAGAAAGUAUAUCAGUUCGACGACCCAACCUUCAAGUAUUAUCUAGGCGUUGACGAUCAGUUCGUCGCAGAGCUUGGAAUGGGCCUUAUUGAAGAUUUGUACCCUAUUUUGGAAAAGGUUUGGCCUAGUCAACGAUACAAGAAUGUUGCAAAGUUGUUCGGUGAACUUGUCGAGUUUUUAAACGAACAACUAGAAGCACACAAACGAGAUUUUGACGAAGGGAAUAUACGGGAUUUCGCUGAUUGUCUCAUAUUGGCGAGGAGAGAGGCCGAGAAGGAAGAUGAUCCCAAGCUUCUGAAUCAACUUACAGAUGUUCACUUAAGACAAACGCUUUCGGACAUUUUUAUUGCGGGCGUUCAAACGUCACGAUUUACAAUCCAAUGGGCUCUACUAUAUAUAGCAGACAAUCAGGACGUGCAGAGGAAAGUACAGGAGGAACUGGACAGAGUGGUCGGUCGGAACCGCCUUCCUGAGGUAGACGAUCGUCCCUCCUUACCCUACACCGAGGCUACACUAUAUGAGGUGAUGAGGAUCGCUUCUGUGGCGCCACUAGGAAUGCCACACAUUGCCGUUGUAGACUCCUCUGUAGGUGGAUACAUCAUACCUAAGGAUACUACUGUCAUCCUAAACCACUGGGCUCUACACAACGACCCUCGCCACUGGAAAGAACCCUCCAAGUUUGACCCCAAACGGUUUUUGAAUCCUGACGGUACCUUUGCAAGGAAACCAGAAAGCUGGCUUCCAUUUUCUGCAGGGAGAAGGGUUUGUCUCGGAGAGUCGACUGCCAAACUGGAAUUGAUCAUCAUCCUUGCGAUUAUAUUGCACCAAUUUUCCAUCAAACUGCCGCCAGGCGUGGUAGCUGAUUUCUCGGCAGAGCAUAGCGGUAUUGCUGGUUACACAGCCAAUAGAUACAAAAUCGUGGCUGAAAAAAGGUUUUAA